AUGCCACGCUCUGCAUCCAUCACUGCAACGGCGUCCGAUAUCACAAAAGGAGAGCUUGCGGGCACGGCAGCCGCGCCGGGCCCAAAUAUGUCGGGAAAGACGGGCCCCAGUGACGCGCACUUUGUCGAUUCUGCUGCGCGCGCGGCGCCGGCAGUACUGGUUGCGCUCGGUGUUGCCAGCGGCAUGGCAGUCUACCUGCUCUAA